CGGGGGCGGGGGCGGAGCUUGCCGCUGGCGGAGGGCGGAACCCACGCGGGGACUUCCCUAGGGCUGAGCUGCGCAGCGGGGUUUUGGCCAAAUUGGGCGAGGGCACAAAGUAACCACUUACCCCUUCUCACCGAGGAGGAACGGGGGAAAGGGUAUGGCACUGUCUCAAGGCUGGGUGAAGAGAUACUUCAAGGCCUUUUGUAAAGGCUUCUUUGUGGCGGUGCCUGUGGCAGUGACUUUCCUGGAUCGGGUUGCCUGUGUGGCAAGAGUGGAAGGAGCAUCAAUGCAGCCUUCUUUGAAUCCUGGGGGGAGCCAGUCAUCUGAUGUGGUGCUUUUGAACCACUGGAAAGUGAGGAAUUUUGAAGUACAACGUGGUGACAUUGUGUCAUUAGUGUCUCCUAAAAACCCAGAACAGAAGAUCAUUAAGAGAGUGAUUGCUCUUGAAGGAGAUAUUGUAAAAACUAUGGGACACAAAAACCGCUAUGUCAAAGUCCCCCGUGGUCACAUCUGGGUUGAAGGUGAUCAUCAUGGACACAGUUUUGACAGUAAUUCGUUUGGGCCGGUUUCCCUGGGACUCCUGCAUGGCCAUGCUACUCACAUCCUGUGGCCUCCAGAGCGCUGGCAGAAAUUGGAAUCUGUUCUUCCUCCAGAGCGCUUGCCCAUUCAGAGUGAAGAGGACUGCCUGCGUGGAUCUCCCUGAGCUGCUGCUAUGGGGAGGCACCACCACCAACCCGAGGAAGAGGGAUGGAGAAGAGGAACACCAUAGGGGCAAAGCUUCCGCCAAGAUGAUGCUGUGCAAGAAACAUUUCUAUCAGUCACAUUAAGAUGAUCUGUAUUAGUAGAGAAAGAAUUUUAAAAUAUUAAACAGUAUUAAGUGUCACCUGAUUUUUGUGUUAAAUUGUAAUACCCUGUUUAAUGCCAAAAAAAUGCAGACCUUUGGGAAUAUGAAAAUUUUAUUCCCAUAUGUCUCAAAGGGGAUAAAUUUUGGAUUUUUUUAUGCAUACAUAUUCUAUUGAUUGUUAGGUUUUGAUUUUGGAGCUUGCUGCUGGAAGGAUAUGAAGACUAAUAUUUACUUCCAUCACAUAGUAUUACUCAGUUACUCUUAAGAUGGAAGAUGAAGAAACAUUACACACAUAGUGUUAGGAAUUAUAAUUGACAGUAUCUACAAUGCAGUGACUGUCAGUUAGGAAGAACAGUAAACUAUGAUGUAAAAAUAAAACACUGAUUUGUUCAGGUA